AUGUCCCUCGAGGAUCCAGACAAUGAUUCAGCUAGUGAUUUAGACAUGCCAUCUUUCUCGAAUUCGGCUUUGGCAGGCCCUAGAAUCGACCAACCUCUGGAGUUCAACCAAAAAAAUGCCAAAGCCGGUCGUGACUUUGCUCAUCUAGCAAACGCAAGAGCUCACGGAUCAGCUCCUAAGCCUUUCGGGGACGAUAGUGAUGAUGAAAACGAUAUCGAUCCGCAAGCUACAUUGGCGGACUCGAGACGCACCAAGCAUGAAACCCAGGAUGGUCCGCGGCCAUUUGCCUUAAAGGUAAUGGACAAGACGUCAAGAGACCCUCGAGAGCUGACUUCUUCACAAGCAGCCUCAACAGCUCCUGCCGCGCCCUCUGCAACGUCAGUGGCAUCUUCGCUACCAUCUGGUUUUAAUGGUCCCCUACCAUUCGAGUCGCUAAGUCUAGGCACAUCGAUAUUGGGAAGAAAGAAGAAACAAGCCCCAGCAGAGUCAUCAGGAGGCUUUGAGAAGGACCCUGACAAUGGAAAACCCGCCCAGCCACUUCCGCCCUGGUUCUCUGGUGACAUCCGUGAAGCUACUGCUGCACAAAAAGCUAUAGAGGAGAAGCAAUACGAAGGUGGCGAUUCCGACAGGCUGUCCCUACUUUCUCCUCGUGCGGCAGUCUUGAAGCGGCAGGAGACUGGGGAAGUCAUCGAUCUAGAGGCGCCAAGAGAAAAAGUUGACGAGAUCAUUGAUGUUGAGUCAUCCGACGAAGGGGACGAAGACGAUGUCAUUGUGGGAGACACCCGGCCUGUUGAUCCUGAAGUCAGGAUGGGAGAUGUAGCAGACCUUUCCAGAGCCGAGCCUGCAUCAUCAGAUUUGCCUCCUAAUAACCUCAAUGCCGUGAAUAACCAGAUGCAAGGUAUUAGCGCGGGGAAUGGGAAAGCAACGGAACACGGUUCAGAUAGCGAGGAGCCCAUAGAUUGGCCUGAGAGCGAGCCCGAGGCAGAUACGAGAGUGCCACGAACUGGAACUGAUGAUCGAGAACCAGCUGGGGGCAAAUUACAGGAACAGCCAGGGUCACCUUUGUCUGAGUUUGAGAAUAUCGAUGUCACGGGCUCGCGGAAUUCGCCACAGGACUCUGCUGCCGUUCCAAACAGCGAAGUGCAACCACCACCCUCUCUUAAGAGAGGCCAGUCCUCUAUUGGCCCACGACUCGAGGAUUUACCAGCCGAGGAUGAAGAUAUUUACUCCGACCCCGAAGAGGAGGAUCUGAUGAGGCAACUAGCCAUCGAGGCAGAAGAGCAUGCGCGAUUUGCGUCCACACUGAACUCCAAAACUCAAUUGCAAAACGCUGAGGAUUACGAGAAAGAACUACGUCAGCUCCGCAACCAGCAAAAGAAGGACCGCCGUGACGCCGACGAGGUUACGCAUAUUAUGGUCACCGAGUGCCAACAACUUCUCAAGCUCUUUGGUCUACCUUAUGUCACCGCGCCUAUGGAAGCCGAAGCUCAGUGCGCUGAGCUCGUCAACCUUGGCAUUGUUGACGGUAUUGUAACAGACGAUUCCGAUGUCUUCCUCUUCGGUGGCACACGCGUCUAUAAGAAUAUGUUUAAUCAAGCCAAGUUCGUCGAAUGCUACCUCUCUUCAGACCUCGAGAAAGAGUAUUCUCUUGACCGCGAAAAGCUCAUCCGCAUAGCACAUUUACUUGGCAGUGAUUACACUGAGGGUCUGCCAAACGUUGGUCCAGUAACAGCCCUGGAGAUUCUGUCUGAGUUCGAGACGUUGGAGCAAUUCUCAGAAUGGUGGGGCACAGUACAAAUGGGCCAAAAGCUGUCCGCAGAAGACGCUGCAAAUCCAUUUCGCCGCAAGUUCAGAAAGAAUGCUUCCAAGCUUUUUCUACCCGCCAUUUUUCCAGACCUGCGUGUCGACCAAGCUUAUCUGCACCCCGAAGUCGAUAAGGAUCCUUCGCCAUUCCAAUGGGGCGUACCUGACUUGGACGCUCUAAGGUCAUUCCUCAUGGCUACGAUUGGAUGGAGUCAAGAGAGAACGGAUGAGGUCCUAGUACCCGUUAUUAAGGACAUGAACCGUCGGGAGAACGAGGGGACACAAGCGAACAUUACGCAAUUUUUUGGUGGCAGCGUUGGGGUUGGUGGAAAGUCGAAUGGUGGAAGUGGGUCUGCUUUUGCACCGAGACGGAGGUUGGAUGGCAAGAGUAAGAGAAUGGAGACGGCAUUGGGAAGAUUACACGAGCAAGCCAGAAACAGGACCAUCGGAGAAGGCGAGACGAAUGCCGAAGUCGAUGCGGAGCCCGCAGCGGUUGGCAAUGGGGACGUCACUGGAACAACGGACGCAGCUACUGAGCCAAGGAAGAAACCGCAGCGCAAGUCGAAGAAGCGAGCUGCUCCAGUCUCUGCACCAGAUUCUAACAGCGAUAGCGAGGACAAACAUGAUGAAUACGAGGCUCCUACAAAAUCACGGAAACGCGGUCAUGGCAGUGCUAAGGGCAAUGCCAAAGGGCGUACGAAGGGGAAAGCUCAGCCGUAA